UUUUUAAGUGGGAAGAUUCCACAAUCCAAAUCCAAUCCUAAACAGAAGCCAUUAAUUCAAUGUUCAGCAAUACUAGCCACACAGAAUCCCCACAAAUGUUACCACUAGCAUUUAUAAUUAGCAAUGCAAAGUUGAUUUAAAAAAUAUUAAAAGAAAAGAGAGUGAGUUGAGAGGUUACUGUAAGAAUGAUGCAAGGAGAGAAGGACGUGCAAACGGCAAGUCCUAGAGGACAAGGCAAACGACAAAGAGAUCGCUGUGUCACAUAUUCGCAAUUGGACAAUCUGAGCUGAAUCGAAACUCCAAAGCUACUACUCGAUUUCAGAGCCCACACCGUGGAAUCAUAAUCAAUUCAUUCAUUUCGGAUGCUCACACUCACGGUCAGGUCCUGGGGAUUUUGAUUUUACCAUUCUGCCCCUGCCGGACCGAACCACCUCGUUCUGUGGGGGAGCGCUGUUGUUGUUGUCGUCCGCGAAGGCUAUCUAUCUAUGCUUAGCAAGAUUACGACGCUGUGGAUCCUGUGUUCGGGGCUGGUCCUGGGUGCGGGAUAAGGUGAGUGAGAGCGAUGCUGGUGCCGGGGAUUUUAGGGUUUCAUGGUCUAGUGUAUGUGGUGUUGGCGUUGGGUUUCGCGGUGAUUCGGCACGUGUGGAGGAAUGUGGAGGCCAAGAGGGAGGAGGAGGGGAUGAUGAUGAUGAUGAGGAUGGUGGCGGAUGCUGACGUGACGGAGACGGAGGUUGCUGAGACGGCGGAGGUUGCUGAGACGGCGGAGGUGACGGUGGCGUCGGAGGUGGAGUAUUCUUCUCCGGUUCCGGUGGAUGGUUCUCGGUGGUUCCAAUGUGCGGUGUGUUGUGCGCCUACCACCAUGCGGUGUUCUCGGUGCAAGGCCGUUAGAUAUUGUUCGGGUAAGUGUCAAAUUAGUCACUGGAGACUAGGUCACAAGGAUGAAUGUUGUCCUCCAACUACCACCAUGGAGCUCAAAGACAAAAACCUUUCUAGCAGGGCAUCGGUAUCCAAAACUGAGUCUGGUCUUCAUGAAAUUAAUGGAACACAUGCUGGUAUUUCAUCUUCGAAUGACUCAUAUUCCAGCCCUGAUCCUUUGGUUGCUGCAAGAAAAUCAUUUGAUGAUAACCAUCACAGCAGAUUUGCAAAACCUGUCUGCAAUGAUACUACUGAUUAUACAAGUGCUGCUUCUGCUCAUAACAAAGAAACAGUUAACAUGAAAUGUUCCGAGAAUAUUGAAGUUAAGGAUUCUAGUGCAAGUAAAAGAAGCAAGCCAAAUCCUAGUAAUGCUACUGAUGAGACUCGAUUUAAAUCAAAAUUUCCCAAAACUAAAUCUGAUGCAUCUCAUGAUGAGGCAGCAAAUUUGGGUAGCCAUGAACGCAGAAGAAAAGCCGCAAUAGUUGAAAAAUCAGCAACAGAUACUUCUAAAUGCAAAACUGUGUCUCACUUGAGUGGUUCAAGUAAAUAUGCUGUAAUUGAUGAUGUAGAAGAAGAAUCUCAUUUGCCCAAAUACAGAGAAGCACGAAGAUCAUCAUCUAGUUCUCGUGAUCGACUAUCCUCAGCUACUAAGGGGGAUUUUUCUUCACAGUCCAAGUGUAUGACAACUGACAAUAAUCACACCUUACCCACAAAAGUUAGUGCUAUUCCAAAUCUGCCACAAAAUGUUCGUAGUGGUUUGAAAACAUCAAUGCAGAAAGUUGUCCAGCAGUUUAGAAGCUCAAAAGAGUCAAGAUCCAAUUCAAUAUCUGCCGAAAAUGAGAUGGGCUUUCCAUAUGAACUCUUUGUGGAACUUUACUGUUAUGACAAGAUGAAGCUAUUCCCCUUUGGCCUUACAAACUGUGGGAACAGCUGUUACGCUAAUGCAGUUCUCCAGUGCUUGGCUUAUACCCGGCCUCUGACUUCAUAUCUUUUUCAAGGGUUCCAUUCAAAACGAUGUCAGAAAAAGGGAUGGUGUUUUACAUGUGAGUUUGAAUAUCUAAUUCAGAAGGCGAAAGAAGGGAUUUCUCCACUUUCACCAAUUGGGAUAUUAUCUAAGAUACACAAGAUUGGAAGCCAUCUAGGGCGUGGGAGGGAAGAAGAUGCUCAUGAAUUUUUGAGGUGCGUGGUUGAUACAAUGCAAUCUAUUUGCCUCAAGGAAGUUGGUGUUUCAAGUCCUUUGGCAGAAGAAACAACUCUAGUUAGUUACACCUUUGGAGGUUAUCUUCGAUCUAAGGUUCUUUCCCAGUCGAACAGUCUAUUUUUUGUUAAGAUAAAGUGCUUAAGAUGCCUGGGGAAAUCUGAGAGGUACGAGAGAAUGAUGGAUCUUACUGUUGAAAUUGAUGGGGAUAUUGGGACUUUGGAGGAAGCUCUUGGACAAUUUACAGCACCUGAAAUCUUGGAUAAAGAUAACAAGUAUAAUUGCAGCAGAUGUAAAACAUAUGUGAAAGCCAGGAAGAAGUUGACAGUGUUGGAGGCACCAAAUAUUCUUACAAUUGUAUUAAAACGAUUUCAGUCUGGUAACUUUGAGAAGUUGAAUAAGUCAGUUCAGUUCCCUGAGGUUCUGAAUAUGGCUCCAUAUAUGAGUGGAACAAAAGAUAAAUCUCCGUUAUACAGCCUCUAUGCAGUGGUUGUCCAUUUGGAUUUGGAUAUCAUGAAUGCUGCAUUUUCAGGCCAUUAUGUCUGUUAUGUGAAGAACAUCCAAGGAGAAUGGUUCAGGACUGAUGACAGCAGGGUAGAACCUGUUGAAUUGUCGAGAGUCUUGUCAGAAAGGGCAUACAUGCUUCUUUAUGCAAGGCACUCUCCAAAGCCACUGGGUUUAGUAAGUAGCAAUGUAAUCUCUUCUGCUGGAAAGUUCAAGAGGAGAAACCUGGAAGCCAUUCCUGCUACUUCUAAGACAAGAUCAAAUUCCAUGGCCACAAGCGGCUAUUCUCCCUCUCCACAGCAGAAGCAUGGCAAGUACCCUAACUGGAAUGAUGCCGAUGAUUCCUUAAGCAAUGAUUUUGCAUAUCCAGAAGAAUGGAGAUUCCAGUAUGGGGUAAGAAAUACAAUGGUGGAUUCUUCCAGUGAAAGUUCACUUUUCAGCUCUUCAGAUGCAAGUUCUUGCAGUACUGCAAGUAUCAAGGACUCUGCCAGUUCUGCUGAUUUCUCGGAUUACAUAUUUGGUGAGGUGGGACCCAAUUGGUAUAGCCACUAUGGGCUUUCAUCUAACAUGGGGGCAUCUUCCUCCUAUGAUAACUUGGAUACAGAUUUCUUAGUGGAUAGUAAUGGUGGUGCAAGUAGAAGGCUCCAGCAGGACUCAGAAGAUAAAGCAGUUUUGUAUGCUAACAAAAGCAAAAAUCACAGUGGCAGUAGGGGAAUUGACCUUAAAAGAUAUAUCACUGCUAAUCAUUAUGACAAAAAAUCUGGUGUACAUGUGAGAAGAACAAGCGGAGAUGCAUCAGCUCAAACGUUUUAUUGAGUUUGAGUUGAGAUAUAAGCAAUCAUCUUGGAUAUUUUUUUGUGUAGUGAAGAAAAUCAGUGUCUCGCUAAUCCAAAUAGAAUGAGGAUUCCUGUUCAACGUUCACCCUCUGUACUCGAAUGAUUUUAUUUAUUCAAUAGUAUAUAUAGAACAACUAUCAACAAAAUGAGAAAACGAAUAAAGAAGAAUAAAUUGAGUGAUAACUCACCUGUUAUAAUCAA